CUGACCCGGCGGGAGCGGCACUUCAGCUGCGUGCGAGGACACGCCCGAACGGACGAUGGCACUGCGGGGGCUGAGGACAUGGGCGGGGCGGGAGCGCCUUGGCGACGGGGGUCUGUUGGGCCGGGCUUCCUUGGGGAAGAGUGUCUCUGUCGUGGGGAGUGUCCCUGAGGGAUCCCUGUGGUUCCCGUGGCUCCGCGCCGAGGCUCCUCCCGCGACUGCAGCGCAGACGGCGGUAGGGGAGGCGACCAUUGCUCCUCUGCGCGUGCGUGGCUCCGCGGCCAAUGGGCGGGCGGCGUCCUCGCGGUCCGGGCCAAUGGCGGCGCGCCUCAGUGCCGCGCGCCGUUGUUAAGGGCAGCGGCGGGCGGGGGCCCAUAGCAACGGCGGGGCCGCGAUGGAGGGAGCGGCGCGGCCUGGGGGUCCCGCCGGCCACAGCAUCUUUGAGGAUGAAAGCAUGAAACUACGACAGCUGAAACUACAGAAUCAGAGAGCUCUUCUAGAGAAGAAGCAGAGGAAGAAACGUCUUGAUCCAUUGAUGGUACAGCCAAAUCCUGAGGCAAAGCUGCGCAGGUCAAAGCCCAAAGGGUGUGAGGAGCAGACUCCUUUAGUAGAAACUCCUACCCCUGUCCACAGUGAUGUUGUUUUACAUGGCAUUGAUGGACCAGCUGCUUUCCUGAAAUCAGAAGUGCAAGAUUUGGGGACCAAGCUUCAAGCUCUCUCUGCUGGAUCUACUGAAACAGAAGAAAAUGCAGAUAAGGAAAAUGAUGGAGAGGCUCUAACAGACACAGCAGGCAAGCCAGAUCUGCAAGAAAUCUUACAGAAACGAGGAAUUUCAGACAGUCUGAAUUUUGAUGAGGAGGACACAGAAGAGGAAGAAGCUAGUAAAAAACCAGCAUCUCAUUCACCACACCCUGAAUCUGAGAGGCCUAGUUCUGCAUCCAGUGAGAAAUCUUUCACAGAAACAGGUGCUUCCUGUAGUCCCUCCCCUCAGGCAGAUGCACAGCUGGGAGAAGUAGAGAACUUGGAGGAUUUUGCAUUACGCCCCGCACCCCGUGGUAUUAGUGUCAAGUGUCGAAUCACUAGAGAUAAGAAGGGAAUGGACCGGGGCCUCUUCCCUACUUACUACAUGCAUCUGGAAAGGGAUGACAACAGAAAGACAUUCCUUCUUGCAGGGAGAAAAAGAAAGAAGAGCAAAACAUCGAAUUACCUCAUAUCAGUUGACCCAACUGAUUUAUCCCGGAAAGGGGAAAGUUUCAUUGGAAAACUCAGGUCAAACCUCAUGGGAACUAAAUUUACAGUGUAUGACCAUGGAGUUAACCCAAUCAAGGCACAAAGUCUAGUGGAAAAGGCUCAUACAAGACAGGAACUUGCAGCUAUUUGUUAUGAAACCAACAUCUUAGGAUUCAAGGGUCCCAGAAAAAUGUCUGUGAUCAUUCCAGGAAUGAAUAUGAAUCAUAAACGAAUUCCAAUCCGUCCACGAAAUGAACAUGAGGGUCUGCUGUCAAAAUGGCAAAACAAAAAUUUGGAGAACCUCAUUGAGUUGCACAACAAGGCUCCAGUCUGGAAUGAUGAUACUCAGUCCUAUGUUUUGAACUUCCAUGGGAGAGUCACUCAGGCCUCAGUGAAGAACUUUCAGAUUGUCCAUGACAAUGACCCUGACUACAUUGUGAUGCAGUUUGGUCGUGUGGCAGAAGAUGUGUUCACUCUGGACUAUAAUUAUCCCCUCUGUGCUCUUCAGGCCUUUGCUAUUGGACUCUCCAGCUUUGACAGUAAAUUGGUCUGUGAAUGAGACAACAGACUUGGAACAUGGAACUCACUCGCAUGCUUGCAUCUUGUAGGAGUUCCAGGUGUAGUAAUGAAGAGCACAUUGGAAGGGAAAUGGAGGACAGACUUCUACAGGCUUAUUAGAAAGCACAUUCCAGCCCUCAGAGCAUUGCGAGUGUUGGCAGUAGACCAUCUUGGGAGCAGUCUCUGUAUGUACUGUGGAAGAACAAGAAAUAUAGGUGAUGGUUUUGUCAUUGGUGUUGAUUCUGCUUUCAGAAUCUUUGUUUACAGAUGCUGCAUGACAGUGGGUUAAGCCUAUUAAUUGGAACUCCUUGCAUCUAGGAUAGAAAAAUAAUGGCUAAGUGUUCCUAUCCCUUGAAACUUCCUUAAAGCCUGGAAGAUGAUGCUACUCAUGAGUUUCUGAUCAGAUGAAUUCAGAAAAAACGAAACAGCUGGAAUAAGACAUUGGCUCUAAUAUAACACUUUUACUCUGUUAAGGCUGAUAAUCCAUUUCCCUUUCAGUAUUCUAAUUGCUCUCUAUCCCUUGACCUUUUUACCAAAUAAAGAACAAUCAAAUCUCAAA